AUGUCGAAUGAAGACAGCAAAGAUAGUACUAUGAGUAAACCAGAUAGUACCGCAAGUAAAGGUGAAAGUAAAGAUAAAGGCAGUAAAGAAGGUAAAGAACAAAAGAAAAGUCCCGCAACCGGUCCGCCAAGUGAUGCUGCCAAAACAAAAACAGAUACUGGAAAAAAGGAAGGUGGCAAAAAGCCGAAGAAGAAGUCAAGUAAAAAGAGAGCGAAGAAGAGUAAAAGUAAAGAUAAACGUAAAAAGAAGUCGAAAACAAAAUCAUCUCCAGCUUCUACAUGA